GUGAAGGUUGGCGAGGGAGUAGGGGACCUGUAAGACUCAAGUUCACCUCAUCAGAACAGUGGCAGAUUCAGGCUUACCGUGAAAAGCACGCGAAACCAUGGAAUCAACGAAGGAGGGCUCGGUUCAAGUUGCACACCGAUAUGGUUCCAUACGACAAGAACGCCACACACACAGUGCCCCUGUUGGUAUAAACCGAAGUGGUCCACGGGACCUCCAAGCACAGAAGGCACCAACGAGACGAGCGUUGAAGGCAGUUGAAGACGACGCAACCGAGAUAUUAGAGAGACGUAAUAGAGAAAUAACGAGACUAAAUAGAGAAGUAGAUGAAUUCAAGAAGGCGUCUAAACAAAACGAACAAAAGAUGCAAAGAAUGAAGAACCUCCUUGAAAUGCAUGAUAGAAAGUUUGAAGACGUGUUAGAGAGACUUGGGUAUUUGAACCCGUAUGAUUAUGACGAGAUUGACGAUAAGGUCCAGGAACACCUGUACAAUAUCUGGGAAAGCCUUUAUGAUGAUAUCACGGCUUGGCUCGGUGGACCUAAGCGAUUUGAUUGGAAGCCGAUUCCCUGAUUUUAUUUUAGAUUUGUUGCCAUCUUUCGCCGUAUAUGUUUGUCGGCAGAUGUCAGAUUAUUCAAUUGAAAUGCUUGUAUAUGCUCAAUUAUGAAAAUAGGCAGCAAUAAUCAUUGAAAGGUUUCCGAAAUAUGGAGAAAUAUUCUAUUGUAUGCUUUUGGAUUAUCAGUGUACAGACUUUAUACAUUCAUUUUCUUUUUUACCUCAAU